AACAACACCGACAGCUCGUCCGAACUUGCAGCCGUUGUCGACGAUCUGCUCAACCAGCUGAGCACAAAGUUUAGCACCAUCAGCGGCGAGUUGCUGUCUAAAAUGGACGACAUGUCUCGUCGACUUGACAACCUCGAAGCCACGAUUCAAACUGGAGAGAAGGGGAAUGGCUCGGGGAAGUGA